UUUCUUGUUCUUUCUUACGCUUCAGUCGCGUCUGCUUCUCAUAGUCUCUCGUUCUUUUCCUUAUUGAAGCAUUCAGGUCAACUCUCUGCAUCAACAGGGAGCUCUGAGUUCGUGUUCUUGAUUUUUGGAGUUCUAAGAAAUUCUUUCUAGUAAUGGCGACUCAAUCUGCUUCGACUUCGACUGCUAUUCCUUUACCUGGUGCGAUUCCUUCUGCUGCGUCUCAAUUCACGUACUCAAACGGUUCUUAUUUCCCUGUACCGUUUCACCUUCAACAAGCAGAUCCCAUUACCGCUCAUCAGUAUCCUAAACCAUACGCUCUUCCACCUCCGACGGUUAAAAUCCCUCCACCGAUCAAUGUCCCCCUUGCUCCUGUUAUCCCUUAUGUGCAUUCAGCUCCUGCUUCAGUCUCCGGUGUGUAUUCGCUCCCACAGUAUCAGCAGGCCCAACAGUUAUUUCAGAGGGAUGCACAUACAAUUACACCAGAAGCUCUUGAGAGCGUGAAAGCUGCACUUGCAAGUAGUGAGAUUGAGCACAAGUCUGAGACCAAGAAGAAAGCGAUACCUCGUAAAGCUGCUGGUCAAAGUUGGGAGGAUCCGACCCUUGCAGAAUGGCCAGAGAAUGAUUUCCGCUUGUUUUGUGGGGAUCUUGGUAAUGAAGUGAAUGAUGACGUUCUUUCAAAAGCAUUUUCAAGAUUUCCUUCCUUUAACAUGGCAAGGGUGGUUAGAGAUAAGAGGACUGGCAAAAGCCGAGGUUACGGAUUUGUUAGCUUUGCCAAUCCUUCAGACCUUGCAGCAGCAUUGAAAGAAAUGAAUGGUAAAUAUGUUGGAAACCGGCCAAUCAAACUUCGUAAGAGCACCUGGAAGGAGAGGACUGAUUAUGAAGCUAUGGAGAAGCAAAAGAACCAGACUCAAAAGAAACCAAAGAUGCCAAAGAAAAGUGUCUUGCACAAGUGAAUCUGAUGAACAUGUGGACCUACUGACUGACCGAUAGAAUGGCUGACGUAAGUUACUGUGCUAAAACCUUGAUGCCCAAGAUUCAUUGGUAUCACUGUGAUUCAUUGAGGUCGUCAUUAUGGUUUGUUGCCCCUGUAAACAUAACAUACGGAGAGGAGUGGGGGGAAGGUUUGUUAGCUACUUUUGGCCAAACCAGUCAAUAUGUAUUCUAUUGUUGGGAUCUUUUCUUUGUUAGUAGUAUCUGACCCAUGAUUAUGUUGUGUGCUUUGUAAUUAGUAUUUUCA